CAGUUGCCUACAUUUCCUUUCCGAUUUGUGGAGACAAAUCCUCCUUGAGUCGUCGGCGUUGAGGUGAACAUUUCAUGGAGCUAUUCGAUCCCCAGCAGCUGGCAGACUAUGAGGAGGAUGGGAUGGAUCUAGAAAAUGAAGCUGAUGCAGAAGGGGAGGACGAGGAGGACGAAGAGGAGGACGAGAUUGUAAAAGAAGUGGAUGUAUACUUUUCCCAAGCAUUGGCGGACUCCUUGUACCUUUUCCAGUAUCCUACACGACCACACGCUUUCGAUGAAGAGACACGACCGUCGACUGGAAGAAUAAAGCCGAAAACGAAGCGGUUCGAGCUUGAGAUACCAUUGCAGACGAGGAGUGCGUUUUACAACCGAGAGCGAGGAGAGGAGCUAGGACAGGGCACCGAUAAUGCUCCAAUUCGAGGGGUCUUUGAUUAUGAUGAUGGCACACCCGCAAAACUACUCGAUAAACAAACCUUAAGCUCAUCAAUAUUGCCCUCUCAUGCAAACUACAUGAUUGGCCUAAUUAGAAAUGACGAACUUCACCUGACACCAAUCGCAACCUCUUUACAAUUACGACCCAGUCUAUUCUACAUUGAUAAAAUUGCAGAAAAGCAAGCCAAGCGAUAUGAAGAAGAUUCUCUUGAAGCUAAUAAGAGGGCAAAUCCAGAGUACGAGGAAGAGGCGAAGGUGCUUUCGGUCGUGAUCAAAGGACCGGAUGAUAAGGAUGCCAUCAGAAAGGCCGCUCAGGCGGAGCUGCAGAGGAAAGCGGAGGAAGAACCCUGGCUGCCAUUAUCAAUCCAUCACUCACAGUCCGAGGAAUCUCGUUUGAUGGUCAGCAAGUUGUAUUCCUUGUCGCCCUCCGAUGUGGACUUCGUUGGAACCGGUAAAGAGUAUCUGGACGAAAUCAACCCAAGUAUCACUGCAAUCAGAUUGGACCAGCAGGAUGUACAGCUGAAGCAGGGCUUCACACUUAAAGAAAUUGGCCUACUUCCUCUCAAAGACAAGAUGAAAGCGCUUCUUAUGAAUGCCCAUAUCGUUCAGUUUAGCACAGUCAUGGAGUUGCUAGGAGAUUCUUUUGACGAAACAGAUGCAUUACAGGCAUUGAGUCAAGCGGCUGUGUUGGUGAGAGGUACAUGGAUCGUCCGAAGUGAGCUGCUAUAUAGUGGACGUGCCUUGGAAGCUCGGCGAUGGCUCUUGUACAUGUUCCAGCUUUCGUCACAUGUCAGUCGUAGCGAGUUUGCUGAAGCUACGAGAUUACCCGGCGCGAUGGCUACUAGUAUGCUUUCGGAGAUUGCGGUGUUGGAGCCUUCCAAGGGAUGGUCGUUGAAAGUAGGGAUUGAUGAGAACUUCUUGAUGCGGUACCAGGCUCUUGUAAUGGAACAAGCGUCUGUCGUGCAAGAAGAGGCAGUGAGAGCCCAGCAGGUACUCAGCUCUGGAACUGCCCCAUUCAAAGCGGGAAAGGGCGUCAUCAUGAAUGGAAAGUCAAUAGCUAAAGACAUGCCAAUGGAGUUGGGUACAGUGGAGGACCAACUUAAGCAUUUCAUUGGGCACCUAUUAUCUGCACAUCACCUGCUUUCUUUGGAGUACAUCACGAAAGCAGUGUAUGCCCGCGCUAAGGAAUCAGAUGUGCAAGGUAACUUACUCGUAACUGCAAGCCCUCAAGCAAUCGGUGACGCUGUGCAGGAGUUAUGCACCGAAAUCAAAGGAAACUGGGUCCGGAAAGUGCUUAACAACCCCGUAGUUGAUCCGUAUCGGCCCAUCAUCAUGGAUCUUUUCCGGCGGCAAGACAUCGUUCAGAAGAAGGAUGCUAUUGAGGCUACUCGAGUGGCUUUAGGGAAAGAGGUUCCUCUAACCACCUACAUGAAAAUUAUGCACGAGCUUGCAACUGUAAAAACAAGUACUGGCCGAUGGCAACUGAAGGAGUCUCCUGUCUGGAAAGGGUAACUGAUGUCUAUAUUGGUUUAAUACGUUGCGGGAUGGAUGGUAGAAAUCACUUCGGUUGCAAGUGCCCUACUGGGUCCGAACACUAGCUUCGAUCAUUUGUAAUAUACGCAUGUCCAAUUUUAAGUAGUUGAACUGAGUCGUGUUCAUCGGCUCUCAGCCGCUACUGGUGAAGAGCAGUUGGUUCCGCAACUGUCGCAGCAGCGGGAGGUGUUGCACAACACAUGGUAUUGAUCCAGUUCAUAAGGAGCUUUUAGAAGCUGAA